UGGAACCCGUGCUGCAUUAGUGGCGUGCAACUUGUAACAACUCCUCUCCUUGUUUAAAGCGGGGACAUAUUCUGCUGGUUAACUGUCACUGUCACUUUUUCCAUUGACUUUUGUUCACGUGCUUGUCUGGAGAUCUCGGGUUGAAGAUGGACUGGAAUGGUGCAUCUAUUGCCGUGCAAAGCGCUUUAUUAUUUUCGCAUACAAAUCGCUGUGAUGGACUCCGGCGAAACACAUCACAUAAUAUUAUAUAGAUAUGAUAUAUCGUACCUCAAGUUAAGCACCGAUACACCCGAAUACAGAUCAGCAAUUAUUUGCGCUGGUCGGACGGGUUGCAGCGCUAGCGCGGGAUCAUGGAGCUGGACUUGGAAUUCCAACUGGAAGUGGGCUUUGAACCAUGGCCGUACCGGCGCUUCGGCCGCAGUGUCAGCAGCGGCAACACCGUCAUGGUGCUGCUAAACAACGCCUGGUACCUGGGCUUCAUCGAGGACAUUUCCGACGACCAGCAGCAAAUAUUUGUCAACUUUCGUUGCAGCGAAUUACCGGCCGCUUGGUUGCCCGCCCACCGUGUCUUCCCCCACGCCCUCUUCACGGAAGCGGGCGGCAGCUUCUACACGGUGCUGGCGGCACUGCGCAGAGAGCCCAGCGCACCGCUGAUCUUCCGGCCGGCCGCCGUUGUUGGCUUCUGCCUCAGCGGCCCCGGGUUAAUGUGCUGCGUGCAGACAAGGACUGAUGCCGGUGCUCAGCGCCAUCUCCUGCAUCCACUGCAGAUUGCCGCCGAGCGGCCGCCCCGUCGACCGCUGCUACUGCUCCCACCAUCGCCGCGCGAGUGCGUCUACGCCGCCUACACGACGGACACGGUGGACGUGGCGCACAUCAACAGUAUCGAUGAGAACCGGCUGCAGUUUGAGAUGCGGCGUGCGGUGUACGCUGCGCAGUGCCGUGCACUUAAUGGCCGGCCACGGCAGACAUACGGCGGGGUCCAGGACAUACGGUAUUACAUGCGUCUAAGCAAGGAUUCCGUCAAGUUUCUCAUCUGGCAGCGUCAGGAAAGCGAUUAUCCGUGGAAUCCUGAGAUGCUCUCGGAAUGCGUCCGUCGCUGCUUGGACAGUGGUAUAUUGGCCAACAAAAAUAUCAACGCUGCAGCUUUUACAAGGCUUGGCUGCAGUGCAAUUUCGCAUGAAGCCGACGACUGCGGGCGGUUGACUAGUCUACCGUUGGAAAUCGUCGAGUGUCUGUUUGACAUGAUGGAUAUUGUCACUCGCACCACAAUACAACGGGUUAGUCCAAUCUGGAACGGCGUGGCCAAGCGCUGCUGCUUACUACAGCGGCAUUGCGUCAUCGAUUUGGGCCUGCGCGUACGCAGCGCUAACAUGUACGACGAAAUGUACCGUCUCGGCCAGCAGCUGUACUACGGCCUGGGCAGUGCGGUGCAGACCCUGGUGCUGACGCGGUGGCGGCCCGGCGAGCACUGGCUGGCUGAGCGAAGUCACUACAUUGGCAACAGCGACGUGACCGUCAUUCGGCAGAUCGUCAGAAUCCUCCGACCUGUCCCGGCCGCCAUAGCCCCAACGACACGGCCAGUGCAGCGUAUCGUCUGCCACCGCUGUGUCGUCAGCGGCGAUCUGCCCACAGACUGGUCGAUGGUCGGUGACUGGCCGGCCAGCGCCGAUACGCCGCUCUACUUUCCCCUCUACCACUUGUCGCCGCUCAUGGACGUGUGCUGCGGCCAGCUGAUCCUGCUGGAUUACGUCCAGAACGACGCCCUGCAGCACUUUCAUCAUCUGCGGCCCUUCUGGCACCCUGCCGACUGGACCCCCUUGACUGAUGAGCCCUAUCAGAGUCGCGACCCGGCGCCGCCGCUGCGGGUGGCCGUGCCCUUCCUGCGUCUAGACUGCACCGACCAGGAUGCUGUCGGGCUCUUAUCCACCAUGCGGGCGGCCAUGGAGGCCGCCCUCUCGGAACCGUCCCCGGAGAUGCGGCGGAUGGCCACGGACAUGUACGAGUUCUGGCGCACCCGGGACACCUACUGGCCCUUCCUUCGCCAUCUCUUCACAGCCACCGAGCCGGGCGGGCCGACAUGGCAGCACGCCGACUUCCCCAGCACGCCACUGCCGCAGUUGAGCCGCUUAACCGUCUUCGCUCUGGACUCUAUGUGGUACGCGUGCAACAGUGCCGCUGGCGACACGGAACCGCAAUAAUAAUCUUCCAGUGAUCCAAUAUUUUUGACCAAUCGAGAACAAUUAAUUACAGAGUACACUCUCUACGGCUAUUCCAGUAUACUGCGCCUGGAGAACUCAUUGCUUGCCGACUUUCCGAUGCCAAAAAGGACAGCAUUGGUCAAUAUGACCGUAGCUGAUUUAUCUGGCGACCUCUGCAAAACGCCCUUGCAGUGCAGUUCUCCUGGGAUUAUCGCUGCCUUUAAUACUCGUCACAGUAUCCCUUGCCCGGGAUUAUGCAUACGACUAUCGAAAAUUAUUUCAGCCGCCGGAAGCGGUAAGGAAUAUCCGGAGCUACAGCAUCAGUUUCGGUACGAGCAGAAUGUCUUCCGGUUCACACUGCCAACCAACGCGUCACAUUAUGUUCGUCAAGAAGCACAAAUGCGGCAGCUCCAUCAUCCAGAACAUCCUGAUGCGCUACGGAAAUCGUCACGACCUGACCUUUGUCAUCCCCUGGUUCUCCAACAACCUCGGAUCAUUUGCAAACUUUGAGCGAUUCCGUCCCGACAUGGCACUGCCGGUUCCGCAACAAUCUAGUCCACACUAUGACAUUUUUUCUCACCACGCACGAUACAAUAAAGACGUCAUACCGGCACUCAUGCCUAAAGACACCGUUUACAUCGGUAUCGUUCGCGAACCUGCAUCCAUGUUCCAAUCAACGUGGACCUGAUUUAUACUAAGGUCCAGAGUUACUAUUAGCGAUUUCAGCGCCAAGCACUUUUUUGCACUGUCUCUAGAUAAUUCCGGUACAAAACCAUUCACAUUGCAAGCAUUGGGUCGCGUAACCGGUAUUCUUUGCAGCUGUAAACAACGUAAUACAAAACACAUACUGACAGCAAUUGCAGAGUAGUGACUGAGAGUACAGCAAUUACCGUAGUGCAGUGGUACUGUUUUCAUCCAUAUGUACUCCAACCGUUGUGCUAGU